AUGAGCAUUCCCGAAGGCCGUGCAGAGACGCUGACGAGCGAGCAGGCGCAGGUGCUGAAGACCAUCUGGAGGCACUAUCUCCAGGCGAACGGGUACACGGUGGGCGACGAGACGGCGAAGCGCAGCAGGCACAACACGCUGAGCUCGGUGAAGUCGAGCGAGAGCGCCAAGAAAGGCCGGAAAAAGGGCCUUUUGGGGCGGUUUCGCCGCGGGCACAGCAGCAAAAAGGCCGAGCAGGAGCUCGGCGCCCAUUUGAGCCACGAUCUGGGCACGAAAGUGCACGAGGCGUUCCGGCCGCUGGACGCAGAGACGCGCAACGCGUUCUGGGACUUUCUGCGGCACGACACGCCGGACAACCUGCUGCUGCGGUUUGUGCGUGCGCGGAAGUGGGACGUGGACAAGUCUCUGGCUAUGAUUGCCAACACGAUGGACUGGCGCAGGAACCAGUUCGACGUGGAGCGGGUGUUCCGCGAGGGCGAGCUGGGGAUGCUGGAGGCGGGCAAGCAGGGCGUCCUGAAGCAGUUUGCGACGGGCAAGUGUGUGAUCCGGGGCCAGGACAAAACGGGCCGGCCGAUCGUGAUUAUUCGGCCGCGCUACCACUUCCCGAGCGACCAGACGGACGAGGAGGUCGAGCUGUUCACGAUUUUGAUCAUCGAGUACGCGAGGCUGCUGAUCAACGAGCCCAUCGACUCGUGCUCGCUGAUUUUCGACCUGACCGGGUUCAGCAUGAGCAACAUGGACUACACCUCGGUCAAGUUCAUAAUCAAGGCGUUCGAGGCGCACUACCCGGAGUCCUUGGGCGUGCUGUUCAUCCACAGUGCUCCGUGGAUCUUUGGAGGCAUCUGGAAUAUCGUCAAGAACUGGCUGGACCCGGUGGUUGCGUCUAAAAUCCAGUUCACGAAGAAAACAGAGGACCUGUUUGCCGUCAUUGACAGGGCGCACGUUCCAAAGGACCUGGGCGGCGACGACGACUUCGAAUGGAAGUAUCUGGAGCCGACGAAAGAGGCCAACGGCAAGCUGCACACGGACCAGAAAGAGAAAGAGGAGCUAGAGCACGAAAGACACGAGCUGGUGGAGCAGUUCAUUAAUAAAACCAUCGAGUGGAUCGAGUGCACCGACAAGGACAGAGACCGCCACCUCAUGGCCGACAGACUGGCCUUGGGCAGACAGCUGUCGGAUAACUACAAGAAACUGGACGGCUACAUCCGCAACCGCGGAAUAUACGACCGUCUGGGCUACAUAAAGUUUGAGUGA